AUGGAGCAGGAGGUACAACGUGGUUUGCAGGAUCUGAAGCAUUGGCUCAAGCAGCUGCAGAUUGAGCUUUACGAAUUUAGAGAAUCAAACGGAUCCAAAGACCUGGAUUUGGAUUUGGUUCGCACUGAAGCUCAGACCAAGGCAAUGGAAAUGUACGAGAAAUUAGACGAGCUCAGCACAGUCAUUGAAGUGAAACUUGAGUGUGUCUCGAGCGAUUCUUACCAUAACUUGAAAUACGAUUAUGAAUUCUUAAAAGAGAGAUACCAGGACGUCAAGGUGGACCUGAGGGAGACAUUGCUCUCUUCCAAAUCUUGGACACCACAACAAGAGGAGAUCGAAAAGGAGGAAGGUUCUGUUGUUGAACCUGUUUUAGACGACCACACGUUGAAGAAACUAUCUCAUCAGGAGAAGCUGCUUGACAAAAACAGUGUUGUCACGCACAAAUUACAGAGUAUCAACCAAUUGCUUCAAUCUUCCCUAUUAGCCAGUGAGAUGAACAUUUCUGAUCUGGCCCAAUCGUCGGCCUCCUUGACAGCUCUUUCCAACAAAUACACAUACUUCACAGACAUCCUUGUGCGAUCAAACAAGCUCGUGAGAACAAUCAACGAAUCAAGCACCAAGGAGAGAAGACAAAUCUAUACAUCGCUUUACUUUUUCAUUUCCGUAUGCGCAUGGAUACUAUACAAAAGAAUAUUGAGGAAGCCAAUUCGACUGUUUUUCUGGUUGCUGUACAAAACUGUGGCCGUGACAUUAUGGGGAGCAACUUCAAUCAGAGGCAAAAGCCCAACGCCGACAGAUCUCACUAUAGCCGCAACCACAACAAUUUUAAGUGCUACGGGAACGCUGUUUGAAGAUCCAACGUCUACAGUCGAAGAAAUUACCGUAUCAACAGUAUCAUCCAUUCUGUCAGCUAUCAAAGAUGAGCUUUAA